AGUUAUUACGGCAAAAAUAUCAACAUAAUUUAGACAAAUACCGCGGCGUAAUUAAAAAUAAGUGAGCCGAAUAUAUUACAUUAAAUGCAGUUAGCAAACAUUGUCCCAGGUUCGAGUGUCGUGUCCAUUGAUGCGCAGUACAUCCACAGAUAUUAAACAGGGUUUGGCUAUUCGGACCUCGGACUGCGCGCAAUGGCGUCUCCCAUGAACAGCGACACUUUUUAUUCCAACAUAAAUACAGUACAAGGAUGGAUAAGGGUUCAAAUGGAGGAAAAACAAAUAUGAUGUCGACCCAAACCCGUUGCCAGAUAUUUAACGAAUGUCUUAUUUUGUAUUAGACUAUGGCAGACAAAUGACAUUCUGAAAUCGAAAGAAAAAUGGGCUUUACCCCGGAUAGUAUGAUUUCGCUAACAUCAUGCUCUCUUGAACCCUCCACUGCAGACUGUCGCAUUCAUGCUAUGUGGUAUAUUGACGACUUUGUUUAGAGCUCGAUUCAGGCAUGUUCCAAAAUGGAUUCUCAACAGACAGGGGUUCUGACCAAUGGUGGCUCAGAUGACAGGAGUGUCGGCCAAUCCUUGAAGAGAUCGGGGACUGUGCCAGAGAUCCAUGAGGAGCCAGUGGACUCCUUGAUCUUAUCCUGCCCACCAGGUAACCUCCAAUAAUGCUCCCUUAAACAGGUGUACUCCAGUAUAGGUUUCCAAUCAAAACCUUUUUAGGCAAAACGAGGAGGGGCUGGGAGAGCGCCAGAUGUGAGCGGGACACAGCCAGCAUUACAGGAAGCAGUUGAACCCUGCAGGCUCAACCAACCAAUCACAGUCUCCUGGUGUGUGCGAUCAACCAAUCAGAGUCAAAUCAGACGUUCCUGGAUUGUGCAACAGGCCAAUCACAGACUCUGCAGCUCUCAGCUCUACCAAAGACGUGCCUCCCUCUGAUUCUAAAGGGAGUAGGUUAGAAGCCAGAGCUGUUUGGUCUGGGACCAGUUGAAAUGCCCUGACCUCCACUACUGUGACUGGUACGGGUCAGAUGGAGGAUGUGUGUGUUGAAGAGAUAGAACACACUGAGGAGCCUCUCUACAGGAUGGAGACAGAAGAGAGGGAUGAGAGGAGAGAUGGAGAGAGGGAUGUUACACAAGACAGGAAUGGUAGUCCCAUUGUCCCUGAAACGCCUCUCAUGGCCGACACAGCCAAGGCAGAGAGGGAUGGAGGGAUAAGGGGAGAGAAAGAAAGGAAAGAUGGAGAGGAUGAGAGAGUGAUCCCUCUUUUCCUACCCCCUAGUCGAUGUCAUGGUGCAAAAGAGAGACCAGGAGAGGAUAGAGGUGAGAGAGAGGAGGCAGGGAAAGGAGUUUGGGGGAGAAGAAAGGAAGAGGAGGGAGAAGUAUUGGAUCUGAGCUUCCCUAAAAAGAGAGAGAUUAAGGAGAGGAGCCUUUGGCAUGAGAGCUCACUGCUUAUGGAGGUAGAUGAGGUAGAGGGGGAUGGAGAUAGGGACAUAGUAGAGGAAGAUGAUGGUGAUGAUGAUGAAGAGGAUUCUAUAUUGAGAAUGGAUGGAGCUGACAUUUUGGGGGGACCUCUCUUGUCUCCCUUGUUCUUCUCUACCUCCGUUUUCACCUCCCUCUCUUCCAUAGACUCUGAAAGUGAAGGUCUUCUCCUGAUAGAUGACCAGGGCAUUCCAUACACACUCACCCCCGAGGGGCACAAAGUGCCCCAAAUGGACUCUUCCAGGCCAGACAACCCCCCCUCACGCCAGCCAAAGGUGCAGUCCAGCUCAUUGGAGGUAGAGGAUGACAGGUCGUCUCAUAUAACCACAGCAGGGGUCACUUACCUCAGCCAAAGUUUAGUAAAAACUCCACACACACACAAGGAAAACACAUGUCCCGCUCCUGUUACGUCUAUGAAACCUUCACAGAAGUCAGAACUUCUAAAAAAUACAGAACACUCAAAGAACCCAGAACUCUCACAGAAUGCGGAACCCCCUAAGGUUCUAGAUUCAGGUGUGAAAUCUGUUAGUGAGGCUAGUGCUGCUGUUUCCCAACCCUCUGGUUCUGCUGUACACCUCCAACCCCCUCAGCCUAUCCAGAUCCUGACUAACCCCUCCAACACCCCCAUCCUCCUCUUCCCCUCCUCCACCCAGCUCUCCUCCAUUCCCCUAACCAAGACUGAUGCCAACCCAGGCCUCCUGGCCUUCUCUCUCCCCCUCUCCCUCACCCAGAACACUCCCAGUGCCUCCACCUCUAUGUUCCUUCUCCUCUCCUCCUCCUCCACCUCUUCCUCCGGUCAGUCUUUCUCUACCUCCACCCCCAUUGCUCUCAUUGACCCCUCCACCGGUCAGCUCUCCCAAAUCACUGCCUCCUCUUCAUCCCCUCUUUCUCUCUCUCUCUCUUCUGGUCAGCUCGCCACAUCAGUGUCAUCCCUCCCUGCCAAUCCCUCCCACCCAGUUAUUAGAUCGACACCCAACAACUCCCCUAUCAUCCUAUCAAGAGAGAGUCCCAUCGUUAACCCUCCCGCCCCCCUGACCUCCCCCUCUGUGGUCUCCUGCCCUACCUCCAAGCAGCCCAGUGCUGAUGGCAGUUCUAAAGCAGUUCUACUCAGCUCACCUCCUCACAAACACACUGAACCAAACUGUUGUGACCCCAACACCGAUCAUCAGUCACUAUCUACUGAAGAAACCCAAAUGGAGUCUGUCCCAAAUGGGUCAUCUCCUACUAAAGCCCCUCCCCUUACACACCCGCAAUCCCCUUCUCUGUCCUUUGACUUCAGUUUGGAGGCAUCCGACCAAUCAAAAGCCCCAGAGUCAAAGCACACCUCCCUCCCAUGGGACGACCAUCUCUACUUCUCCUCCGCCACCGCUCCUCCCUCCCCUCCCCUUGCCCCCAUCUUCCCCUCCAGCGGACCCAGGAACCUGAACCCGCUGGACCCUCUGGACCCCCUGUCCCCAGCCUCCUCUCCCUCCUCUGGGCCACGAAGGGUACUCUACUGCCCUCUCUGCCCCAGGAUCUUCUACUACCUGUCUGACCUGGAGCGUCACUCCAUCACCCACUCUCAGAACAAACCCCAUGUCUGCCUGCAGUGUGGCAAGGCCUUCAAACGCUCCAGCCAUUUGCAGAGACACAAGCACAUUCACACGGGCGAGAGGAACUUUGUGUGCCCCAUCUGCUCCAAGCGUUUCAGGGAGGCGGGCGAGCUGCAGCGCCAUCAGAGGGUACACACAGGAGAGAAGCCCUACCAGUGCCCGCUGUGCCACACACGCUUCGCCGAGCGCAACACCCUGCGUCGACACACCAGACGCAAACACCCUUACCACCAGGCAGCUAUGGCGAUGCUGUCCGAGAGAGGAGCAGGGGGAGGAGGAAGAGAAGGAGGGGAUGAAGAUGAGGGCACAGAAGAGUGGUAUAGUUCCACUGUGUCCAACUUGGACAACUCUGACUCUGAACCAGAUUCUGAGGGUCCGAAAAUUAUGACUGAUCUCAUAAACCAUUUCCCAUCAAGUAUUCCUUCGAUUUUCGUCAUUUCCACAACUAUAGGGCGGGAAAUGUUAAUGGACAUUCUAAAAAGAUCACCCUUUGACAUCCUGCUAUAACAAUUCAUUUGCACUACCAAAGUAUAAACAAUUAUGUUGUAAAAAGCGCUGUCACAAUGUUUUAUUGUAAAAUUGUUCUUUAUUACUAUUUUUUUUCUUCUCUUGUGGGAGCUGUAAUUAUUAUUGAGUGAGAUUAUUUAACUUUCUUACUAUUAAAGACACUGUCGUUUGCACUUUUGAAAAGUGGAUUUUGUGUUCAAAUUUGAGAACAAUAGCCUCCAAUUUGUCCUUUUUACAUGGUUUUUACAUUGUGAUUUCUGCUGCUUAUGCCUUCAAAACAAGGUGCACUAAUUUGUUAAAUGCAUAGAACAGAAUUCUGACCAAUGUUUUGUUGUUGCUGAUUGCACCACUGAUGCAAUUGAAGCUUAUGAUAAAUGCUAAUCAUGUUAACUUAUUUCAGUUCAACCUCCCUGUGUGUGUACAGGGCCUUCAGAAAGUGUUCAUACACCAUGAGUUAUUCCACAUGUUG